AUGAAGGCUGUGCUACACGACAAACAAGUAGAAGUAGAUUUAUUAUCUUUUUAAGUAAAGAGAGUGGUUGCCUAGGUGUGUGCGUUCGUGCUUAUAUUUUUUUUUUUCAAAAUUAUAACUCGCCCGGAUUAUGGCCUUAGGUUACAAAAGGCCAGUUUUGCAGGAAAUGGGUGCAAAACCCCGGGUGGAACAAUUGUGUGAGAAGAAAAGGUUGAGUGGGGACGAAUAUAUCGUUACACAAGGAGAUCUGAAUAAAUAGGAGUUGUCGAAUGAGGCCAUCGGUUGCUACAUUGUUUUAUAUUAUAGACGUGGACUGGAUGUGAAAAUAAUAGCAAGGUGGCUAUUGCUCAUUUUAUCAGGAAUAACAGGUGUGAAGCACAAUGGGAGUACAGGGUUUGUGGAAGCUGCUGGAGUGCACUGGGAAACCUAUCAAUCCUGAGACUUUGGAGGGGAAAAUCCUUGCUGUCGACAUCAGCAUCUGGCUGAACCAGGCUGUGAAGGGCCUGCGGGACCGCGAUGGGAAUGCAGUGCAGAACGCCCACCUCCUCACCCUCUUCAACCGGCUCUGCAAGCUCCUGUUUUUCCGGAUACGGCCAGUAUUCGUCUUUGAUGGCGAAGCACCCCAGCUCAAAAAGCAGACACUGGCCAUCAGAAGACAAAGGAAGGAAGAAGUGACUAAGGAAUCGAAGCAGACCUCAGAGAAACUCUUAAGAACUUUCCUCAAAAGACAGGCCAUAAAAGCUGCGCUCGGAGACAGGAGUAAGGAGCCCUUGCCCAGCAUUUCCAGUGUCCGGCGCGAGGAAGUGGACGAUAUCUAUGUUUUACCUGCGCUGGAAGAGAAGGAGAAAAAUAGCUCAGAAGAAGAAGCUGAAAAAGAGUGGGAGGAGACUGCAAACAACAGGCGAAUGUUUCAGGAAGAAAUAUUUGAGAAUCCCAACUCCAUGGACAUAGAUUCUGAAGAAUUUGCUCUCUUACCUGCAGAAAUAAAACACGAGAUCUUAAAGGAUAUGAAGGAGUCCAGCAAGCGGAGACGAACAUUGUUUGAAACACCUCCUGAGGAAUCCACAGAUUUCUCCAAGUACCAACUGGCUGGGCUGCUGAAGAGGAACAGCCUCAACCACCGUAUCGAGAAGGUGGAGAAGGAGUUGAACCAUCAGAGCUCAGGAGUGAUUUCCAUAGAGAGCAGCGCGGAGGCAGGCGGGGACCGGGACGUGGAGACACGGCGACUGGUGUCGGAGGACACCUCCCACUACAUCCUCAUCAAAGGGUCAAAGAAACGUGAGGACGUUUCAGAAGACAAAGCUGCGGCGUUACCCUCAGCGGGCACAUCCAAGGCUCGAGGUGGCGGAGCUGAGCAGGUCCUGUGGCGUCCGGGUUCUGAGGAGAAUCUGGAGGCGGAGCCCCACUCCGCCCUCAGACACCCCCCGGUGCCACAGGCAGAAGCCCCUGCACCUCCGUCCCCCAGAACUCUUCAGGCCAUUCAGGCAGCGCUGUUGGACAGCAGCUCGGAGGACGAGGUUCAGGCCACAGGAAGCAGGGCAGGACAGGCCGUUGGAAGUGGUGCUGGAGGACUGUCGCCUCGGACCAUGCAGGCCAUUCAGAGCGCACUUACCGAAGACAAAGAUAAAGAGAACCGGGUCAGUGGACCCUCUGGAAACUCACGCCAAGAUGUCAGAGAAGUGAUUGACGUCAGCAGCUCUGAUGAAGAAAUGGUGGAGGCCAUAGGGGAGAGGAAUAAAGCUUUCCGCUCCUUCCUAGCGACGCAAACCACACCUGCCACGGAAAGCGUACCCUUUGAGACCGGGGUCGCACAGGAAACGGAUGGAAAAGGGGACACACGAGCAGACACUCUUCUAGACGGGGAGCCUCCCCAGACCUCCAGUCUUGAUGUGAGGGAAGAACCUUCGGGUCACGAAUCAGCAGUGCCCGGUCUUUCACAGAAAACAGAUCAGACUGGCUGGGGGGAGUUGUUAAAGGUGGCAGCGUCGCCAGUUAUCUCUGUUCCUCCACUUGACGACACUCUUCCCGGAAAUCCUCGGGGUCCAGGCGCGGGCGGCCUUGAAAACGAAGGACCGGAACGAACAAGUGAAGAGAGCGAUUUAGAAGGGAGUUUUAUUGAGGUAUCUGAGGAAGAGGAGGAAGAAGAGUCGGGCUCUUUCCUCGCUGGGAAGGCAGACGUUGAGGGUGCCUCGGAGGGAUCUGUCCGAGUGGUGGAGGAGCCCCAUGACGUGCCUGGUGACCCCUCUGCUUCUAAGCAGGACUGUGCUGAUGAGAUCGAGAUGGAAGUACAGCACAGAGCUGAAAGGCGGUCUGACGAUGAGGACGGAGCUACUGUUAACGAGUGGGAAGACAUAAGUCUGGAGGAGCUGGAGAUGCUGGAGAGCAGCCUGUCAACCCAGCAAAGCAGUUUGCAGGCUCAGAAACAGCAGCAAGAGCGCAUCGCUGCCACUGUCACCGGGCAGAUGUACCUGGAAAGCCAGGAGCUGCUGCGUCUGUUUGGUAUUCCUUUUAUCGUGGCCCCCAUGGAGGCUGAGGCCCAGUGCGCCCUGCUGGACCUCUCAGACCAGACCCACGGGACCAUAACUGAUGACAGCGACGUGUGGCUCUUUGGGGCGAGACAUGUCUAUAAAAACUUCUUCAGCCACAACAAAUACGUGGAGUACUACCAAUACGUCGAUCUCCAAAAUCAACUCGUGACUACACAGAGGGCAUCCCAGGAGUGGGCUAUGUCACAGGCAUGGAGAUCCUCAAUGAAUUCCCUGGACCAGGGCUGGAGCCUCUCUUUAAUCUGUACGAAUGGUGGACUGAAGCUCAGAAGAAUAAGAAGCUGAGGCCAAAUCCAAACGACACCAA